AUGAGGGCAAUCGAUAGCUUUCAAGUGCUAUCAUAUACAUUCCUGGCACUUGCACACCUCAGUCGAGCAAGUGCUUCACAACACAAUGUGUCUCAAAUGAUUCUGCUAACCCAAGAAGGUGUCCCAAUUCUUGCACCCAAAGCACUAGACAUCGACGCGAUCUCUUUCCUCAGUUCCCGAUCGCAAGACCAAGACAGCAUCUUCAACGAAGCCGUCAAAAUCCUCGACUCGAUGAAAUCUUCACCCUCGUGCAACCGGCUUGCAGCGACGAAACUAGUGAACUCGUGUCAAACAUUCAGCGAUGGCAAAGAUGGCGCGCAGACAGACAGCCCAGAGUCGCUCGAUCUUCUUCGAUCAGUCUACGCCGCACGGCUGGCACUGUGUGAGAUCGACGGUGCUGGUACUCCAAUGCCCCCCUCAUGCCUUCCAAUCACAUUGUCUCCACCUCCGCAGAAAAAUCGAUUCGGCUUUGUGAGUAGGCACAGAGGGUCUGAUCCUGCAUCAGAUGAAGUCCCGAAAGAAAUAUUGGAGCAGUGUCUGAAGACACUCGAGUCGCGACCCCAGUGGUGGACUUCUUACAGCAACAGUCGACAGAAUGCCCUUGUUAUUUGCCAUGCCUCGCGAAUGGAGACGGAAAAAGAGGAGCUUGUUGACCUACAUCGAUCUAUUGCCAGGAGCAGCCUCAAGCUGAACAACGGACUUCAAGAGGCUUUGCAAGAUGCAGCUGCACGGUCUAUGGAGCAGCAAUCGUUCAUACACGCUGUUCAGUCUCUGCAAGAGAAAAUUGUGACCGAUAUGGAGGCGACAGACUCUGUGUUCAAACGAACAUUCGGCAAAUUUCUCCGAGAAAUUGAAGCUGGGGUGUCGUCUCUCCAAGAUUCUAUAUCUAUGGCUUUGUCAAAUGUGCAGACUGGAACAGGGGUUCUCGAAAAGGGCAUCCAGAACGUAUCGAGCCAAGUGGUAACACUUCAGCAGGCUCUGCAAAGUGCACAUCAAGACGCAAUGGUUAGAAGCAAAGAGACGUUGCAGGCUCAGGAAACCAAUGCUGUCGCUCAGAAGGAUCUCGCCUCUUCUUUACACCUGUCGCUAGAGUCGCUUCUUGACUCAGAUAUGGACAGAAUAUACCGAGGCAUGCAGAAGUUCGAUGCUGCUAUGGAAUGGUUGACUAGCCGAAUGAACAUGAUUCUCGAGCAAGAAACCAGAAUGACAGAGCGGCUUCAAAACAUGGAAACCUUUAUACAACAAUCCGAAUCGAAAGCAAGCGAACUGCAGAGGGCCCAAGACCAACAAACCGAAGCACUAUCUGCACAAUCGCGGGCCCAGGAGGCCAUUCAAUUCCACGCGCAAGUAUCGCAAGCUUUGCUGGCCAAGUCUAGCGUUGCUGCUUCCAAUUUGCAAUCCAUCAUCGACGAUGCAGCUUUCAAGUCCAAGCAUGUCCCGGGGUUCGCGAUAGGGGGAUCCUCCACGUGGUCUCUCUGUGCCGUUCUCCUCAUGGUCAUCGCCGCCCAGAAUCUUAAGAUUGCAAUCGCUUUAUUUUUUCUUAUUUUAGUUAUACACUUCCUGCGCAGUGACUUGGGAACCUGA